CAUUCCAGGGAAUAUGUUUCACGCACCCAACAGCAGAAACUGUGCUCAAAUGAUGAAAGAUGUGUCUUUGCACUCAGGUAUCCCCACACCUAGGUACUAAACAUAGUUAUGGAUCCUCCUCUAUUUCACUGAGAAGGGAGGAAAUCGAUUGACUUAAAAAAUAAAUUUCAACUUCUUUUUGGUGUCUUCCAAACACAGGAUUCGGAUUCAGGCUGUAAAUGAAAUUGGAGCUGGACCUUUUAGCCACUUCAUCAAAGCAAAGACCCGGCCACUGCCACCCUUACCUCCUCGGCUAGAGUGCACUGCAGCCGGUCCUCAGAGCCUGAAGCUGAAAUGGGGAGAGAGCAGCUCCAAGCAGCACGCUUCUGAUGACAUGGUGUACAUCUUGCAGUUGGAGGACAGGAACAAGAGGUUUAUUCCAAUCUAUAGGGGACCAAGUCACACCUACAAGGUACAACGGCUCAUGGAAUUUACCUGCUACACGUUCAGGAUACAAGCUGUCAAUGAUGCUGGGGAAGGACCUCUCUCAGAAGUGUUUACCUUCAGCACAACCAAAUCUAUUCCCCCUGUCAUCAAAGCACCUCGAGUGAGACAGUUAGAAGGUAACACCUGUGAAAUUGCAUGGGAGACAGUACCACCUAUGAAGGGAGACCCGGUCAGUUACAUUUUGCAGGUCCUGGUUGGAAGAGAGUCUGAGUACAAACAGGUGUACAAGGGCGAUGAGACCGCAUUCCAAAUCUCAGGCCUUCAAACUAACACAGACUACCGAUUCCGCGUGUGUGCGUGUCGCCGGUGCUUGGAUACCUCACAAGAACUUAACGGACCUUUCAGCCCAUCUGUUGCCUUUAUGCUCCAGCGGAGUGAGCUCAUGCUUACAGGGGAAAUGGGACGGAUAGAUGACCCUAAGACAAAAAGCAUGAUGCCUUCGGACGAACAAUUUGCUGCCCUCCUGGUCCUCGGCUUUGCAACUAUCUCCAUCUUGUUUGCCUUUAUACUACAGUAUUUGUUUAUGAAGUAAAGGUCCAGCACGAGGGGUUGAGGUAUCCUAACUAAUGCUACGCAUUAUAAUCCACAUGUUUUAUUCAGAUAUUCCUGUUUAUUUUCUUUCUCAGUGAUGUUUUCCAAUACAUUUUAUACCGCUUUCCUGGAUCAUUGGGGGGGAGGGGGAGGAAAUGAACAUCGGUGUUUUAGGUGCACCUUUUUGAAAUUUAAGACUUGGAAGUGGUUAGAAAUAUCUAAGCCAGAUACCAAAAGCAAAUAAUCUUUUUUUUUCCUUUUAAAGGGUAACCAGUAUUUCUUAGUUUUAUUUCCAGAAUUCAGAAAUGUAACCAAUUUGCCUUCACAUUUUUGCUUUUUGCUAAAAUCAUUCAGUCUUUAGGUUGCAAGUUUAUUACACUAGAAUAAUUGCUUUGGGCUCUUCCGCAUCUGCAAGGCUUAUCCACCAGUACGUAAUAGAGUCGCAGCUAGAUACGGUGUUUGGCAAUACACAGUGUUGGACAAACAGUAAUUAUCAACCUUGCAUAUGAUAAUAUUCACUAUGUUUCUGUCCCCCCCACUGCUUCCCUGUUGUUUUUUCUCCAUGGUAAGAUUUUUAAAUUCAUCUACGUAAUCAACUAUAUAUUUAGUACAUUUCAAUCCAAAUAAUUUAUCCUGCAACCUCAAGUCCUUUUUAAUAAUAAUAAUCUUUUUAUUCCAGCUGUUUGCGCACUAUGAACUGCCUGUAUAACAAAUCCGAUAACCAGAUAGCUUUAUAAAUGACAAAGCAUUGCCGUUUCUACCAUUUUCUUUAUUUUAUAGCAGUAAUUUUAAGAGGGCAUUGUGCAAUAGUUACUCCCAUGUCAAGCUGUUUGUUUGUUUGUUUUAAAAAGCUGCUUUUAACUCAUUUGUUUGCCUUUGUAUAUAAACUUACUCUUAAUCCAAUCACUAGAUUUGUUAUAUUCAUCCUGAUUUCUGUGUUUAGAACUGGUGAAAGCUUGCUGCCUUUGCUAUUUAUAUUAAGUAUUAUCUUUUAACACAAGUAAUCUUUAAAUCGGCCACUUAGCCCGUCUGUAUUUCUUCCUUGGAAGAACUGGGAGGAGUUUAUCAGAGGCGUCAGGCAUGCUCAAUGUGGCGAGCGUGUACAGAUGCUGGUGGAAAGGGCGCCAGUUUAGCUUCUCACCUCCCUGCCCCUGGUAGCAUCUAUGGCUGCAAAGCAAGUGGUGUGACAUCUGUUCCAGCUCAAUUUCAUUGGCUGCUACUUGGAAGGCUGGAGGGAUACUGCAGCGCAUUAACAUGAAAUUAUGCCUGUCCGUCACAAGAGACGAUACCAAGGGGGCUGGGAUGAGGAGACCUGGGGUUGGUGGAUUCAGUGGUAGCCACACAUGCCCCAUAAUAUCUCGCUCCAGCCUUGAACAAGUGCUCUCAUUCUAGCCUGUGUGAUCCAUUGCAAAUGCCAGCAUCAUUUUCCCGUUGGAACAUUGUGUCUGUCUUUACAUCAGAGGCUCCAACACACAUAUUAAUCCAAUCCAUCAAGACCCUUGAUAACUCUUUUGUUUUUCAAAACAACUUUGAGUUACUGGUUUAUUUAUAUGAUGUCAAUGAUGUUCAAGUGCCUCAGGGAUAUCAAAGAGCAGGAGGUGCAAGUCAAUUCCGAAUGGGUGCAACAGAUACAGGGUACAAGCUGCCAGGAAGGCCUCCUAUGUCUGGCAUUGAAGAAGCAACCCUGUGAAACUCCAGUUCGUUUCUGUAGAGCUUGUGCAGGAGAAAAUGCUGCUGGCAAUUUAGCAGUGCAUGUGCUGGAGAAGUUCUCGUGAACUGUGCUCCACACUUAGUAUACCCCUGUUUUUCUGUUUUUAAAGUUUUGUAUAAUUUCUUGCUGGUUCUGGUUUUGCUUGCAUCAUAGCUCUUUGGUCCUCUGUGUUUUCUAUGAGACCGUGUCCUGUACGCUAGCUUAUAUUCCCAUAACCAAAGUAAUGGGGAAACCAACAUUAUUUUUGUUUUAGGUUUAUUUAUACUCUAUACUGCAUACAGUACUUUAAAUGCCAAUUACAGUGCAAUCUCUAUUAUUUAUUGUAAAAAAUAAAAGAAAAGAGAAAAAGUGUACUUAUGUACUAAAUCUCCCCCCACCCCUGCCUUGUAGCAUGUUACAUUUCUGUUUGUUUUAUACAAGUGUAAGUUAGGUAAAGCGUUUUUACCCAGCAGCGUUCCUAGCAUUAUUAAUCUUCUUACAGUUUCUUGUAUGUUUAAAAUGGGAGUGUCUUAGUAUGUUAAUUGCCAAAAAGAAAAUAAAAAAAGAAGGAACCCACCGAACAUAAGCCAAGCAUUGUGCUGUGCGUUGGCCAUUCAGUCUAUGGGGUUUGUCUAGUGAAAGAGCUCGUUAACUUGCGCUGUUGAUCAAAAAGUUUACAUGUAGCCAAAAAAUCAUGACCAUUUCUUGGAAGAAUAUUCUGAUGAAUUAUUCUGUGUGCCUCUUUAGAUGUAGCAACCUCGUACAAAGGUUCUGUAUUUUGUUAUUGACUAUUGUCAGUUUAAGAAUUUGCCUAGCAAACUAAUGGUAUUGAGCUGACUUUAUUCUUUCCCCUACCCCACUUUGCCCAAAAUCAAGGUUCAUCAAAUGUUUCGAAUAGUAGUGUGAUGUAGUUUUUUUAACUAAAAUUAAUUGAGAGUUAUCUGUAAUGUGGGUGUUCCCAAACAUAGAAGUACCAGAAUGAUUAUCUUGGUGGAGGAAUAUUGUCUUUAAAAGCAACAACAAGAGACAAAUUUAGAAAAAGUUAGUUGUUCUUAACCCUCACUGAAAUCAAUGGAAAGAGUUAGUCCAGGGUAACUCAAGUCAUGUUGAUUCUAAUGGGUCUUCAGGACCGCUAGUUUUUCCUGGAUUUGGGGAAGUAAUUUUGGGAAAGCCACAAGUAGAUCUUCAUAGACAUUCUCUUUCCCAUCCCCUCCAAAAAAUAUUUGAUGUGCUAUGGUAGCUAAAAAUCCCUAUCUUGCACCUUUUAACUGAGCAGGAAGUGAACUACUGUAAACUUUGUAAGGUGCUCUAUAAACUUAGGUUUAUACUUUUCAGGUUAGAUCCAUACCUUGUGAGUCAUGAUUGCCCCCCCCCCACACACACACACACAAAUCAAUGGGAUUUAAGUUGAUCAUGACCAGCUUGCUUAUUUAUUUCAGUGAGAUUAAGGCGUGGCUGAUAGAGCAAUCCUAUAGCAGCAUGGCCAGGCAAGCCUACAGGAGAUCUACCCACAUUUUCCUAUGCCCUGCUGGCUCAGGGCAGAAGUUGGGUAGAUUUUUCCUUCCUUGUUUUAUCCCCCAUUACCUGCAGAGGGAGGGAGGAGCUCUCAGAAGGUGAGGGAUCAUCGGCUGCUGGGAAUGUAUGGAGCAGCCAUAGCAGUAGAAAAGCGACCAUCCAAGGAGGGCCUUCAGCUAUGCUGCUUGCAGAGAGAGCUUCCCUUAGCAUCCAGUGGUCACUUGAGCAACCUUUGCAAAGAAUACAGGAUUGUUCCUUUAGUCUGGACCUAUCUCACUGAAUGUUUGAGCAUAUGGACUAAUUUCACACCAGAGUGAGAAGGAGAAAAGUCUGUAACACUUUAUUAUCAUGAAAAUAUUUUUAAAUGUGUUAGAUAUUUUUGUUCGUCAUUUCCAGAUUUAAUGUCUCCCCCAUGGCUACACCUACUGCCAUUAACAACUACAUUCAGGCAUCAUCCUAGGCCACCCUGAGAAUAAGCCACAGCAGGCUGGUUGUUCACUUAAGAACCUACGGUACACCACUCGAUUAUUGGGUUUAUUGUGGGUUGUUCCCCCACUCCAUUUCCACACAUCUUCAAGCAGGCUGUGGCACGUAUGCCUUGUCUUUCAGGGCAGAACCUGCCUUGUCUCCCUUUCCCUGCUCCAAUCACUACUCCUUUGCAGUUGCCACCUUUUGUGGGGUUCUUUGGAGCCCCCCAAAACAGUAGUUGGGGUGAUUUAUUUUAUUUUAUAUUGUUAACUUGUUUUAUAUUUUAUUGUAUUAUAUUUUAAUUGAUAUCUUUGUGAGCUGCCCCAAGGCUUUGGCGAAUGGGGUGGCAUAGAAAUUUUCUAAAUAAAUAAAUAAAUUUCUCCCACUAGCCACUUUUACAGCUCUCCCAUGUGUGUAGUCUUGCCUGGUCAAUUGUCUGGUCUGCUUCAGCCAUCACAGAGAGUGAUGAAUUGGAAUAGGUACCCGAUUGGCAGAGUAAGGCUGCAUGUGGAGCAAUUUGUACUCAGUUGCCAAGGGCCAAUUGCCAGGUUUUUCCCCAGCAAAAGGAUGGGAGGACGUGAAAAGCAGGUGCACCAGAAGAGGGGAGGCAGGAUGUCUCCCUCUGCAAGUGGAUCCUCUUGAUUUUAAAUAUUGAAUUGACAGUCCGAAUCCAAAAAGAGGAGAUACUCACCCCUUCCCCACCCCAUAAUGCACACAUUUAAUGGCUGGGAAGUAAACAGAGGAAAAAAUUGUCUGAUGUCAGGGCUGGGAGAAACAUGCAAGAUAUAGUUGUGCACCUGAAAUGUUAAUGCUUGUAAAAAUCCUGCCUUGUUAAUGCUCAGAUCAGAGAGCUAAAAGUGUGCAUGUUUGCCCUGGCAGAAGACAAAUAAUAUUAAAAAUUGGGAACCUGAUUGCAUACAUUUGAAGCAUGAAAUUUUAUUUUUUAGAGCUGGGGUACAGAAGACAGACCUGCAAAAGUGUUAUUUCAGCAGCAGUAAACAGACAGUCACUGGUUAGCUCAUGAAACAGGAGCCCCUCUGGGAUGUUUGCUGCUUUUGCUGAGCUCUAUAGCCAUUCCCAACCACCCAUGAUAAAACCUCCCUGCCAGUUUUGGUCCACACAACUAUUCAUGGUGUGCGAGAACAACUCUGAAACAAGCCAUGGUUUCUCAGGGUGGCUUGUUUAUGAAGAAACAGAACAAAACAUGACAACCCACCAUUUCUGGGUAACCAUGGUUGGUUGUUGUGUUGUGUGAACCAGGUCAUUAUGACAUCAGUGGUUAACGCAUACACACUGCCAUUUUUAUCAUAGGGAUUCACUGGAAUUCAUUCUCAUGCUGCCAUAAAAUAAAAGUGUUACAAAUUCUCAAACCAUUCCUGUUGCUAUUUCCAUAAACAGCAAACAGAAUAUAGUUUUGCUGAUUGCUUUGUAUUUCCCUGUAUGUCUUAUCCUGACCCAAUCAAUAUUAGCUAUGUACAGACAACCUCCCCCACCCCAAAGCCUGUAGACUUUAAAGAAAUUGUAAAAAAUACAAAGUGGGGAAAGUAUUUUAAGAAACUAUUUAAAAGGAAAAGAAACAUUUUUAUAUUAUCUGCCUUUGUCCUUUAUGAACUUGAAAUGUUGUAGUUUUCUAAUCCUGUUUUGUUAGCAACAGUAAAUCAGUAUUCACUGUUAUCAUAAAAAGUGCCCUAAACUGAAUGUUUCUGAAUAUUUUCCUUGCACAAUUCUUUAAAUUGAAAAAAAAAAUAAAUAAAAGGGUUGUUUUUUGUUUGGUCUUUUUUUUACCUCACUUAUAGGACAUACAUUCCAAGCUUUUCAACUUUGAAAGAAACAAUCAUAAGUUUUCUUGUAUUGUAAAUUUUAACUAUUUCAUAUGCAUUGUAUUAAAACUGCCAUAUCAAUUUUAAUGUAUAGAUUUUUGCAAAUAUUACGCUAUGUAUGUAACUGUAUCUGUAGUGUAUAUGUAAUAUAUUUAUGCCCAAUAAAUGUUUUAAUUCUUUCUUGA